AUGGAAUCCGAAACCACAGGUGGUGUCUCUGCAGCAGCCACCGAUGAUCUCCAAUCGAGCGGCUCAUCGUCUCCCGCCGACGCCGUUUCACGGUUGAUCCACGCCGUGGAGCAGCGGCAACAGCAUCUCCUCGACAAGACGGUUCCUCACGUUCUCUAUCGAUGGAUCGCAUGUCUCUGUGUCGUAUUGAUCUACUUUGUGCGCGUCUUCUUACUGGAAGGCUUCUACAUCAUCACCUACGCCAUCGGAAUCUACCUUCUGAACCUCAUCAUCGCCUUUCUCUCCCCCCAGGAAGAUCCCGAGGCCUCUAUCACCGGCGGGACUCUUCCUACUCGUGGAUCCGAUGAGUAUCGACCAUUUGUUCGCCGUCUCCCCGAGUUCAAAUUCUGGUUAUCGAUCAUUAGAGCAUUCGUCAUCGGUUUUAUGAUGACGUUCUUCGAAGUCUUUGAUGUACCUGUUUUCUGGCCAAUACUUCUUUUCUACUGGGUGAUGUUGUUCUUCCUCACGAUGAGGAAACAAAUACAACAUAUGAUCAAAUACAGAUAUGUUCCUUUCUCUUUCGGGAAACAGCAAUAUGGAAAGAAACCGGCUCCAACAGAGAGCAGUGAAUGA